AUGGCGUCGAAUCUGUCUGCGAUGACGGCCAAGUCAGUGUUAGCUAAGAUCAGCGAAGGGCACCUGGAAUGCAGCAUCUGCUCCACUCGAUUCACUGAACCCAAAAUGCUGGAGUGUCUUCACAGUUUCUGCCUGGAAUGCCUCGUUGAGCUCAAGGAGAGAUUGGAUCCGUACAGUUCCAGGCUUAAGUGUCCUGUGUGCAGGCGGGACACAAAACUGAAAGGUAAUAACGUGGAAGAGUUGCCCAGCAACUUUAGAUUGAGAUCCCUGGUGGAGGAGGUUGCAAAGCAGGAAGAGCUACUGGAAGGUCAAGGGUCACCCUCACCGUCACCACCACCAUCACCACCACUGGCAUUAGCACAAGAGAUCGAAUCAUCACCCUCAGCUGAGGUCGAAUCAUCACCCUCAGCUGAGGUUGAAUCAUCACCCUCAGCAGAGGUCGAAUGCCCGAAAGAGGAGUGGUGGUUGCAUAAAGAAAUAGGAAGUUGUAUUCCCGAACAGCAUGAAAUAAAAAACUUUAAUAAAAUCUUUCAUGUUGCAUCUUUCUCUGACAACGAGAUCGCUGCGUUGCAGUAUGGAAAGAGUGAACUGAUAAGUAUAAGAACCACAAGAAAACUAAAAUACAACGGGAGCAUCUCUCAUCAGCACGAGAUCGCAGCGACGCCAAGACUGCUGGCGGUGAACAAGGAUAAUGAACUGAUUGUUCUCAAUCAUUCGGAUUAUAAGUCUGAAGUCAACUUCUUCAAUAGGAGUUACAGUGAGCUCCCACGUAAAUUCAACCUCAACUUGGAGAAAGACGCCCCACCAACAUGCCUGGCUGUGAAUGAAGACAAUCAGAUAGCGAUUGGAAGGAAGAUCCGUCAAAAUAUAUCACUUUACACUCGAAAUGGAUCCUUAAUCGACACACUGUCCAACCAAAGGGUCGGUGAACACAUGACCAGCUACAAGCAACGCUGGAUCUACACCAAUCGUGUGCAAAGAAAGUUACGGUCGAUAGAUACCAACGGCGAUGAGAUAUUCGCGGUAGAUAUGCCCAGAUGUAUUCCUACUUUCUUGGGCCCUGAAGGGGUGUGCUGUGACAAAGACGGUGACAUUUAUGUUGCCCUGAGUUAUGCAUGGUCACCAUCAUGGGGUGGCAAGAUUCACCGAUUCAGUGCUGAUGGCGAGCACAUUGGGUGCGUGAUCAAGGGAUGCGGCUCGCCGCGAGGUAUCACGCUCACACCAGACGGCGAUUUGGUAGUGGCUGCGAUGGAGUCCGUCAAAAUUUACCACCCUGUGUAA